AUGUUAAAAAAUUUGGCUCAAUUUAUACAAUUUAUCCUUUUUUCCAAAUUUGCCUACAUUAAGGACAAAAUAACUAAAGAUCUCUAAAUUAUUAGAGAAUAUCAAUCAUUCAAUAAGAAGACAAUUCCUGAAAUAUAAAAUAACCUUUUCUUAUUGUUUUUGGAACAAUUCAAGUAUGAAAUAUAUAUUAAUGAAGAUUUUCUUCGAGAAAUUUUUUGAAAAUUAAAAUUUCCUGUAUGAAAUUUUAAUAAUUUAUGAUCUCAAAUAAAAAUAAAAAAAAAUUAGAUAUUAUGAUUAUUGAAAUUUCAAAUAGAUAUUCAUUUAUAUUUAAAUUACUAAAUAUAAAAAUGCAAAUAAAGUAUUUGCUUUUAAUAGCUCUUCUGGUCACUUUAACUAAUUAAGUUACUGUGACAAAAACAGAUUAAUGUGAUGAUUGUGCAUAAUUCAAAUCAUCAUAAGAUUGUAAAUCAUUUGGAUGUACUUGGACAGAGAGGACAGCUACAACACCAGGAUCAUGUGUUAAAACUACAGCACCUCCUCCUGUGACUUUUACACCAUAUUGUUCAACUAUUGAGACAGCUAAUUGUGCUAAGACAUUUGGUUGUGCCUUAGUUGAAGGAAAAUGCACUCAUUUCACAGGAUGUUCCGCCUAUGUCAAAACUACACAUUCAGAUUGUUAAAGUAUCUCUUAUAGAUGUAUAACAAAUGGAACAACUUGCACAGAUGCACUUGAAUGUGUUGGAUAUAGUAAAGAAUAAUGUGAAACCACACCUAGUUUAAAGAGUCCAUACAAGUGUAAACUUGAAGGAGAAACAUGUAGAGACUAUAAAUGUAUAGAGGCUGAUGCUUCACUAACAACUAAUGAAGCAUGUAAUAUAUGGUUAGCUGGUUGUAAAACAACAGGUGCUGGAUGUAUUGAUGUUAUCCCACCAUGUGCUAAUUAUUAAGGAACUUCAGAAACAUGUCCAAAGAUGAAAGGAUCAGAUGGAAAUUGUGAAUUUAAUCCUGAAGGUAAUAAUUGUAGAGCAAGAGUAUGUACAGGUGCUGAUAUUACAUUAAAUACUAACGAAGCUUGUUCUACUUAUUAAGUUGGAUGUGUAACAACAGGAAAAGGAUGUAUUGCAACAAGAGGAGCUUGUUCUUCUUAUGAUGGAAAUGCUUCAACUUGUGUAGGAUAUAUUGGUACAGAUGGAGAAUGUGCUGGAGAUGCUACAGGUACUAAAUGUAGAGCUAGAUUAUGCAGUGAAAAGACUGCAACUACUGAUCAAGAAUGUGGUACUUGGAAGGCUGGAUGUAAAUCAAAUGGAAAAUAAUGUGUUGAUUCUCUUGGUUUAUGUAAUUCAUAUGAUGGAACAAUAACUACUUGUAAUGGUUUGAAAGGAUCAGAUGGUAAUUGUAAAGGUACAUCAACAACUACAGCUAAAUGUGCAUUAAAAGAUUGUGUAGCUGAUAGUAAUGAUACUUUUAAAACAUAAGCUUAAUGUGAAGCAAUUUAAUCAACAUGUAAAACUACAGGUAAAGGAUGUGUAGCUACAUUGGCUGCUUGCUCAUCAUAUUCUUACACAGAUGAUGGAACUUCUUGUAAUUCAUUAUUUGGAUCUGAUGGUAGAUGUAAAGCUGGCACUAGUGGAAAAUGUGCUGCAAGAGUUUGUACUGAAGCUUUGACAUCAUUAACUACCAAUAAAUAAUGUGAUGAUUACAAAAGUGGAUGUGUAACUACUGGAGCAGGAUGUGUAUCAACAACUGUUUGUUAAGAUACUGUAAAAUAAAUUACUUGUGAAGGAACAAAUUCUUGUGGAUGGAAUUCAAUUUGUGUUUCUAAAACUAGUUGUGGAUAAUUAUUAACUAAAUCUAUUUGUGAAAGUGUUAAAAUAAAUAAUAGACCAUGUAAAUGGGAAUCAAGUUCAUGCAGAAAUGCUAGAUGCGAUGAUUUUACUGCAACUGAUGAUAAUACUUGUAAUACAUUACUUGAAAAUUGUGUUACUAAUGGUACUAAAUGUGUUGAUGGUACUAAUUGUGCUGCUUAAUUUAAGGGAACUUAAUAAAUAUGUUAAGCAUUUAAAGCUAAAUGCACAAAUGAUGGUGCUGCUACUGAAACUACAGCUUGUAAAGCAAGAUCCUGUGAUGAUUCAUAUCUCACUUAUGAUAAUGAUUAAGAUUGUGGUAAUUAUUUAACAGGUUGUGUGACAAAAGGAACUGGUUGUAUUAUUGAUUCAGCACCAUGCUCAAGUUAUACAGGUACUCCAGAUUAAUGUGAUAAAUUUAAAGGAAAUAAGACUAAUAGAUGUUGGAAUACAAGUGCUACAUCUGGUGCUUGUACUAAUAAAGUAUGUACUUAAGCAACUAAUAUGGCAGAUGAUACAGCUUGUGAAUCUUUUUUGACAGGAUGUUUAUAUGAUGGAAAUGGUAGUUGUGUUGAUAAAAGUGCCUCAUGUACUGCUUAUAAAGGUGAUGCAACUAGUUGCUUAAACUAUAAAGGGGAUAAUGGAGCAAAUCCAUGUUAUUAAGGUUCAGGUGGUAAGUGUAGAAGUAAAUUAUGUAAUGAUGAUAACACCAGUACAAGUGAUGGAGAUUGUAAUACAUUUUUACCAGAUAAAUGUGUUACUAAAGGAACAGGAUGUAUUGAUAAGACAUCAUUUUGUACAUCAUAUUCAGGAACAACUGAUAAGUGUUUAACAUUUACUGGAAAUUCAGGAGCUGAUAAAUGCACAAGAUUAGAAUCAUGUGUAUCUAAAAGUACUACAUGCAGUACAAAAACAGGAGUCACUUCAAAUGAUGAUUGUUUAUUAUAUCAUGCUGAUUGCAGAUUUAAACUUGGAGAUGGUGCAUGUAUGCAAAGUUAAGCUGCUUGUACAAGUUAUACAUUUACUAGUACUGAUGAUACUGAGAAGUAGAAUUAUUGUAAUUAAGUUACAACAUCUUCAAGUGGUUUAUGUAGUUAUAAUCCAACUGUUACAGGUACAUGUUCAGCUAGAUCAUGCAAUUUAUGGGUGAGUACAUUAACAAAUAUUACAUGUGAAAAUUAUAAUGGAACUGCUUCAUGUAAAUUGAAUGGAACUCAUUGUUAUGCUCCUUAAAAUUCUUGUACUUUAUACUUAAUUCCAAAUAGUAUUACAGAAGCUGGAGCUAAACUCACAUGGUGCAAUGGAAUGUUCACUGGUGCAGUUACUCCAACUAAAUGCUCAUAUGAUUAAGCUGAAAGCACAACAGCAUGUUCUAAUAUAAAUACUUGUGAAGAGAUCAUUUCCCCAACUACUGCUGCAGAUUGUAAUAAAUAAUUAAAUAAUGGAAACUGUUAAUUUUCAAAUAACAAAUGUAUUACUACAAAAUAAUCAUGUUAAGGUUAUUUAUUAACUGAAAUUGGAUCAAAUUAAUCUUAAUAUUGUUCAGCCUUGAAAUCUGUUAAUGGUGCAACCGUUAAAUAAUGUGCAUAUAUUUCUACUACUUCAAUAGCUAAUUGCGUUGAUGCUGUCCCAGCAACAGUUGCUAAUCCAUCUGCUAUCACUAUUGCAGCUUGUAAUACCAUUUUAUCACCAACAUCAUAAGCAGAUUGUAAUUUAGGAUCAGGAAGUUGUAAAUACUAUAAAGGUGCUUGUUACUCUAGAGUUGUAUGUACAAGUUAUGCAAUUCCUAGUUCAAUCAAUACUGCUGAUGCUAAACAAUACUUUUGUUAGAACAUGUUUGAAGAUACAGCUGAUACUUACUGCUCUUUUGAUCCAUAAGCUAAUAAUAAUACUGGAGGUUGUGCUGCUGGUAGAACUAAUUGUGGUGAUUACUUUGCAAAUGGUAACGAUAAUACUGAAAAAUUGCUUGCUUGUUCUAAACGCAGAAUCAAAACAGGAAGUGCUUGUACCUAUGUUGUAGGUGGAUCCAGUUGCUUUGAUCCAAAUGAUAAUGCAGCUUCAUGCACAGUUAUAACAGCUGACAUUACAAGUGAUGCGGAUUGUGAUUUAAGAACUAUAUUAGGUUGCAAAAAAGAUCCAAAUAAUCCUGCUUGUGUAGCUAGAGAUCCAUGUAUUGUUAAUACCACUGGUACUACAAAUGAUGAAAGAGCAACUAAUUGCUAAGCAAAUCCUGGUCCAAAUUCCCUUUAUUGUUCAUAUGAAGGAGUUGGUCCAGAUUGUGUACCUGCAAGAAGUGCAUGUUCAGGUUAUGGUGUCCCAUCUGGAACUGAAUUAACAUAUUGUUAAACAAGAGUUAAUGAAAAGGGAAAAAGAUGUUCAUGGACUAGUGGUGCUUCUUGUACAGAUGCUUAAGCUACAUGUGCUGGUUACACUGGUCUAAGUGGGGAUAUUAUAACACAAUGCUAAGCUAAAGUUGAUCAAGUUGGAGUGAAAUGUUCAUGGAACAUAGGAGCUACUGGAUGUAUGGCUGCUCCAAAAACAUGCGCUGGAUGGAGUAGUCUACCAGCAUCAGGAGAAUUAGAAUUUUGCUAAGCAAGAAUUAAAUCAGAUGGAGGUAAAUGUUCAUGGAAAAGUGGGACUACAUGUUAAGAUUAGCCAUCCGCAUGCUCUGAAUGGAAUGAUUUGCCAGUUACUGGAUAAUUAGAAUUUUGUUAAGCCAGAAAGGAUUAAGCUGGGAAUAGAUGUUCAUGGGUUUCUGGUGGUGCAUGUGUUGACGCUCAGUCUGCUUGUACUGGAUUGGCACCAACAUCAGAUCAAUUAGUAUAUUGUUAAGCUAGAAUUAAAUAAGAUGGAGGUAAAUGUUCAUGGACUAGUGGAGCUAAUUGCAGAGAUUAUUCAUGUGAAGAUACAGUAAAUCCAUAAUCACAAGCUGAUUGUGAUGCGACUGGAUCAGGUUGCACAUAUUAACCUCAAAAUUAAAUUUGUUAUAUCAAACAAGCAGCAUGUACUUCCUACACUCCAACAGGAUCUACUGAUGAUGAUAAACUUAACUAUUGCAAUAAUCUAGUAAAUGCUAGUAAUGCUGGAUGUACAUUUUUAAAAAAAGGAAGUGUGACAACAUGCUCAGCAAUAGAUGUAUGCACAGCUUAUGAUUUAUCUAGUAUAACUGAUGCUGAUGAUAAGUUAUCAGCUUGUUAAGGUGUUGUACCCACUUCUGGAAAAUGCACAUACUUUUCAACAAGUACUUGUGUUGCUGUAGGUGCUUGCUCUACAUAUACAGGAGGAUCUUCUGGAACUAUAGUAACUGAUUGUGCUAAAUAAAAGGAUACUAAUGGAUUACUUUGUUUUGGUACUGGUACUGCUUGUGUAGCUGCAAGAUGUGAAGAUGUUACAGGAGCACUUAGUAUCGAUGAUUGUAAGAAAUAUGUAGCUGGAUGUGUAUUUGCUAAUGGAAAAUGUUACACUGCAUCAGCAACUUGCGUAUACGCUACUGGAUCAACUAAUGCAAUUUCAUUGUGUAAUAGUCUAAAAAAUACUGCUGGUGAUUUCUGCACAGCUAAUUCUAAUGAAGAUGCUAACUGUAGAAAUAGAUUAUGUGAUGAUUCUGCAACAGCUAGUUUCUAAACUCAUGAAGAAUGUAAGGCUUAUUCUUCUUUAUGUAAAUCAGAUGGUUAAGGUUGUAUAUUAGCUUCAACAACUUGUGGAGCAUAAAAUGGAUAUCUAGCUUUUUGUGAAUGGGCAUUAGAUACUAAUAAUAAAUCAACUUGUGCCAAAGGUACUUUAGCUACAACUGAUGCCUCUUGUACAAAGUUAACUUGUGAAUUGAAUGUUACUGCAACUACUGAUUCAGAAUGCUCAUCAUUCCAUCCUGAUUGUUUGAAUAAAGGUUUUGGUUGUAUACAUAAAUCAGAAGCAUGUUCCUCUUAUUAUGGUACAAAAGAACAAUGUUAGAAAUUUACAGGUGAUGGAGUGAAAUGCUUUGGUGAUUCUGUUAGUGUUAAAGCAGCUUGCAGAAAUAGAUCAUGUACAGAUUUGGCAACAGCUACUAGCGACAGCGAGUGUGAAAGUUUCUUAACAGGAUGUCUAUUCAAUGGAGUUGGAUGUGUUAGUAAAAGUGCAGCUUGUAGUGCAUAUAAGGGAACCUAAUCAACUUGUUCAGGAUUUAAGGGAAAUAAUGGUACCAAGUAUUGUUGGGGAGCUAGUACAACAGUUUCAGCAAAUUGUGCAGAUAGAAAAUGCACAGAUAAAUAAGGCACAACAGAUGCUGAAUGUUAAACUUUCUUACCACCUAUUGCUCCAGUAACUGCAUAAUUAUGUAUUACUGAUGGUAGAACUUGUGUUGAUAUUGGAAAAGCAUGUUCAUUCUUUAGAGGAAAUGAUGAAACUUGUUUAUAAUUCACAGCUUCUGAUGGUCCAUGUAAAGCAAGUUCAGUAUCAGCUUCUCCUGUUGCUUGUACACCUAGAGUAUGUUAUGAAGCUCCAAACACAUAUACAACAGAUGAUUAAUGUUCCAAAUAUCAUCCAAGUUGUAAAACAACUGGUAGAGGAUGCAAGAGUAGUAUUGGAUGUGGAGAAUUAACAUCAUAAACUUCAUGUACAGCUAAUGCAUCAUGUUAAUGGGCAGGAUAAUGUAGAAGUUUACCAACUACAUGUGGUGCAUUAACUACAUCAGGUCAAACUAUUUGUGUGAAUACUCCAUUGUCAACUGGAAAGAGAUGUGCUUGGUUUAUUGGUGCUUCUACAAGUGGUUGCAGAGAUUUCACAUGUGCAGAUUAUGAUGGAUCUAUUACAACUCAUAAAGAUUGUUAAGAUAAAGAUUCAACAUGUACUACUAGUGGAGCUGGUUGUAUAACUAUAGGUGUUUGUUCAUCAUAUAGAUCAAAAUCUGUUUGUGAAUCUGCUAAUACAACUGAAUCAUCUAUAAGAUGUACAUGGAAUUCUACAACAGCAGCUUGUAGAUAAAGAUAAUGUGCAGAUGGAGUAUUUACUACUGAUGAUGCAUGUAAUACUUGGCUUGCUGGAUGCAAAACUUCAGGAACUGCUUGUGUUGGACCAAACUUUGGAUGCGAUGUAUUUAAUGGUAAUCCUAAACUCUGUUUAAAGAACAGUGCUGGAAAUCCAUGUUUAUAUGUUAAUGGUGUUUGCUACGAUUAUGAUAAUUGCACAGAUGUUACUUCUUCAACAUAUACAUUUUGCUAAGCCUUCUCUAAAUAAUGUGUUCCAACAACUACAACUUGUAGAGCUAUUACUUUGUGUGAUAAAUAUGAAGAUAUCUUUUCAUGUACAAUUGGUAUUAAUAAUACUAAAUGUGGAUGGUUACCUGAAAGCAAAUGUAAAGAAUAUACAGCAUGUAGUGAUGCAUAAGGUGCUACAUUAUCAGCAUGUACUAGUUGGGGUCCAACUUGUGUUUCAGAUGGAACCAAAUGUAUUGAUAAAGGAACUUGUUCUUCAUAUUUAACUCCUUCAGCUUGUGAUAAUGAAGGUACUGAUGGACUUUGUUAAUGGACCGGAACAGCCUGUAGAUUGAGAGAAUGUACUGACAAAGUAGCUACAACUGAUGCUGAAUGUAUUGCUUAUGUUGUUAAGAGUGGAGUAUGCACAACUGAUGGAGCUAAAUGUGUCCCUAGAGCUACAUGUAGUUCUUAUCAAAGUGAAGCAGCUUGUACAAUUGGUUCAGAUGAAAUUCCUUGUGUGUUUGAUUUACCAGUUGGAGCAACCACAGGAACUAAAUCAUGCAGACCUAAGGAAUGUUCAGAUAUCAAAGGAACUACUAAUGAUGCUUGUGUUGGAAUAAUUCCUAAAAAAGCUUGUGUUUCUAAUGGAACUGUUUGUGUUAAAUAAGAUACAUGUGCCAAUUAUAAGAAUAAAUUAUCAUGUAAAGCAGGAGGUUCUGAUGGUAAAUGUGCAUUCAAUCCAGCACCAACAGCUACAGAUCCAAAUAAUGGAACCUGUUAAUUAUUCAAAUCAUGUGAAAAUGCCAAUAAUGAUAAGGAUGCUUGUGAUAGUAAAUCAAAGGCAUGUAAAUGGUCAUCAACUACUACUGGAACUACUACUACAACUAGUUGUAAACCUAUGGAUUGUCCAGGAAUUGCUUCAGGUACUACUUGUAAUCCAUUCCAAAGUUUCGAUGGUGCAUCAAGUACUAUUUGUGUAUUAGUCAAUAAUGUAUGUGCUGUUGGUGAUCCAUCUACUCUUACUGCAGAAUAAUGCUAUAAGCCAUUAACACUUUUCUCAUAUACUUGGAAUGAAUCAACAAAUAAAUGUGUUUCAUGCAAAGCUCCCACUAACAAUAACAAUAAUACAACCAAUCCAAACACCACCGACCCAGGUACUAAUACUGAUGAUAAUGGAUACAUAUUGGGUGUAACAAUUCCAUUGGCAAUUUUGGGAAUCUUUGUUUGA